UCACAACGAAAAAAAGUGACUUAUGGCCGUUUUUCACACUUAUGACCAUUGCAGCAUCCCCAUGAUCACGUGAUCAAAAUUCAGAUGCUCGGUCACUGGUUCAUAUUUAUGACGGUCGCAGUGUCCCGUUUUGUGACCUUCUGACAAGCAAAGUCAAUGGGGAAGCCAGAUUCAUUUAACAACCGUGCUACUAACUUAACAACUGCAACGAUUCAUUUAAUGACUGUGGGAAGAAAUGCUGUAAAAUGAGGCAAAACUCAGUGAACAACUGUCUUGCUUAGCAGUGGAAAAUUGGGGCUCAAUUGUGGUCGUAAGUCGAAUACUACCCUGUGGUGCUGAGACAUCAUUGGUCACGCUUAUGGAUGACCUUUGGGGGGCUCAGGGUGAGGGCUUUUGCUUUCUACAAAAUAAUAGAAUCAGAGAGUUGGAAGGGACCUUGGAGGUCUUCUAGUCCAACCCCCUAUUCAAGCAGGAAGCCUUACACAUUUCAGACAAAUGGUUGUCCAGUCACUUCUUAAAAACUUCCAGUGAUGGAGCCCCACAACUUCUGGAGGCAAUUUCUGUUCCACUGGUUAAUUGCUCUCACUGUUACAAAUUUCUCCUGAAUUCUAGGGUGGAUCUCUCCUUGAUUGUUUCCAUCCGUUGCUUCUUGUUCUACCUUCAGGUACCUUCUACCGUUGGAGAAUAGUUUGACCCCCUCUUCUUUAUGUCAGGCCCAAAGAUGCUGGGAUUCGAGGUUCCUGCCAAGACGGGGUCAUUCAGACAUGUGAGAACGAUUAAUCAAUGGAUUAGCCAGCCUCCUGGAGUCGUGAGGGAUCAUGGAAGUUUUCAGGAAAACAUUAAACCACCUUUUUUCUGGGAUGGAAUAAUUUCUCCUGCCUUGGCUGGAGGUCCCUUCCAUUCCUAAGGUUCUGCAACUUCUAUGUUACACGGGUCUACUUAAAAUUAGCACUGUACAACCAUUGGUCUGGGAUAACAGGAUAACAGAUGACAUAAGAAGUCCAGUUUGGGCCUGGGGUUGGACUAGAAGACCUCACAAGACCCUUCCAAUCCUGGGAUUCUGUAUUGCAUGUGUGUUAUUUGAGAUUAGCAAUUCGUUGGCUCAUCUCAGGGAUCAGCAGCUUCCAUUUUCAAGAGGGGCUAAACCCACCACCUCCAAGGCGGACUACAACUCCCAUCAUGGCUAUGCUCGGUGAGCUAUGUUGGGUACUGUAGUCUGACCCAUCAGCCUUGGACCGAGUGCAGGGUCUCUGGAGACCUUGGAAGAGUCAACCUCGGGCUGAAGAUCCUUCCGCUGACGGUUGAAUCCCGACUGCUCUUCUCCUGACUGGAGAACAGUGGGGCAUGCGGUGGGCUUGACCUCUGGCGCCCCACUCGAGUUGGUGACCUUGUGGCUUGGACAGGCUUCCUGCUUCCUUCUGGGCAACAUGUCAGCCUUGCCUCCAUCGUGGCUCCUCACCCUCUGCUCCGUGGGGCUGCUGGCCUCCCUUGGGUCAGCCUACCAACCCCCCAACAUCGUCCUGAUUUUUGCGGAUGACCUGGGCUUUGGAGACCUGGCCAGCUAUGGACAUCCCACCUCUGCCACCCCCAACCUGGACAAGAUGGCUGCCGAGGGCCUACGCUUCACGGACUUCUACAGCAGCAGCCCCGUCUGCAGCCCUUCCAGGGCAGCCCUCCUGACUGGACGCUAUCAGACCCGUUCCGGCAUCUAUCCUGGGGUCUUUUAUCCCGGCUCGCAGGGAGGCCUCCCGCUGGCCGAGGUGACGGUGGCCGAACUGCUGAAGGAGCGUGGCUAUGCCACCGCCAUGGUUGGCAAGUGGCAUCUGGGCCUGGGUCCCAACGGCAUGUUCCUGCCCACCAACCAAGGCUUUGACCACUUCUUGGGGGUGCCCUACUCGCAUGACCAGGGCCCCUGCCAGAACCUAACCUGUUUCCCACCCAGCACUCGGUGCUUUGGGGUCUGUGACCAGGGGGUGGUCCCCGUCCCCCUCUUCCUGAACGGGAGCAUCGUGCAGCAACCGAUUUACUUCCCCCACCUGGAGGGCCACUACAACACAUUUGCGCGAGAUUUCAUUAUGGCUUCUGCUCAGCGCAAGCAGCCCUUCUUCCUCUACUACGCCUCCCACCAUACCCAUUAUCCCCAGUUCGGGAGCCAAAACUACACUGGCCGAUCCUCUAGAGGACCUUAUGGCGACUCCCUCCUGGAGUUUGAUGGAACUGUUGGCUUCCUCUUGCAAGCUUUGCAGGAUGCCGGCGUCCACAAAAAUUCGCUGGUGUUUUUCACAUCCGACAACGGCCCAGAGACGAUGCGCGGUUCCCGAGGAGGAAGUUCUGGCUUGCUCAAAUGUGGGAAGGGGACGACCUAUGAAGGGGGCAUGAGGGAACCGGCUGUGGCUUAUUGGCCAGGUCGCAUUGCGCCAGGUGUGACCCAUGAACUGGCCAGUACCUUGGACAUCCUGCCCACGGUGGCUGCUCUGGCUGGGGGGCGUCUCCCCAACGUCACGCUGGACGGAUAUGACCUGAGCCCCCUCCUCUUUGGGAAAGGAAAGAGCCCCCGUCAGUCCAUGUUCUUCUACCCGUCAGCUCCUGAUGAGUUGUAUGGGGUUUUUGCUGUCCGCUAUGGAAAGUACAAAGCUCACUUCUUCACCAAAGGAGCCUUCAACAGCGGGGCGACCCCUGACCGGGCCUGCAGCGGCUUCACUGCUCUCACCCCCGAGGAACCCCCCUUGCUCUUUGACCUCGAGAUGGACCCUGCGGAGAACUACAACCUCCUGCCAGCCGGGGCCCAGAAGCCCGGAAUCCUGAAGGUCCUUAAGGAUGCCCGCCUGCUGAAAGCCGCCUUCGACCAGGACAUGACCUUUGGGGAAAGCCAGCUGGCCUUGGGGAGCGACCCCUCGCUUCAACCAUGCUGCAGCCCCCAGUGCAGCCCCAAGCCCUCCUGCUGCCGCUGUGGCUCCUAGCUCCCCCCCGCUCUUUCCUCGCACACCCCAUCCGUGACCCACAUCUUGUUCUUCUUCCCCUGGGCAGAAGAGCUGGGUUCAGUUUAGCAUACUCCCAAGGAGUUUUUGCAAUUUUUUAAAAUCGGCAAAUUAUAUAUAUAUAUAUAUAUAUCUCCCACCUUGCUUUCUGAAUUAGGAAAGUUCCAUGAUCUUGAGCAGCCUCUUCUGCUGGAUGGGAAGUCCAGGUGCCCCCCAUCCCCCCAUUAGCAAGGAGAGGAGAAAGUCUCUUCUUCUUUAAAACUCCAAACUCGCCAGGAAUGGAGAUAGUAGCCCAUUCUUCCCCGUCAAAGACUACUGUGAUCAGAGGCUGAAGGGAAUCGGCCUCGGAGUCGACCAGAACUGGAUGCCGUUGUUCUGUGUGUCAAGGGUGGCCUUACCAGAGCAGUAGAAAACAGGGCCAACCGUUCCUGUGUUGAUGCAUCCCAGGAUUGCAUUGGCCUUUUUGGCAGCUGCAACACAUGGCUGGCUCAUACUUAAGCAGCGGCCCAGUUUCCAGGCUGAGUUAGACAAGAGCUAGCGAGGAUUCCUCUAUGGAAUGUGAGGAUGAGGCCAUUGCCCUGGGGGGACGGGGGACGGGGUGGCGGCAAUUCACACGCAGGGAAAGGGGAGCCCGAUAGAGACAUGAAAUCACGAAUCUCUGCAUUUGGAAGCCGCCUCAGCUCUCACCAUCCCCUCCCCACCUCUGCGACUGCAGCAAAUGCAUUUGCAGCUUCCUUGCGAGGUGGUUGUGCAGCCCCGUCAAGCUGGAGAGAGAAUAAUAACAAAAUAACUGAGAUGGAAGGGGCCUCGGAGGUCUUCUAGUCCAACCCCCUGCUCGAGCAGUAGAUCCUGUACCACUCUGGACAAAUGGCUGUCCAAUCACUUCUUGAAAACCUCCGUCCACAAUAUCUGGAGGUAAAAAACGUUCCACUGGUGAUCCGGGAUUACAGAAUCACAGAAUCGGGUUCUACAUUACUUGGGUUCCAAGUAACCCACCCAUAGAAAGUAGAAUGCCAAGGCGGGGAAUUUCCUCAAAGAACAGUUUUAUUGGAUCCAUCAUAUUGGCACCACUGGUGAAAGGCGACUCUGAGUUCCUGGGGCUUUCACCUAAUUAAAAAGUAAAAGUUUCCCUUUCUCCCAAGUUACUGCUGUCCAAUCCAGGUGCUGGCCGGUUGCUUGGUUACUUGGCUCCUCUCCUGGCCAGCCGCCUGUGAGAACGUCCUUCGUUCCCACAGGAAAGCUUUACUGUUUGGCUACAAAACCCCAUCUAGCUAUUUCCCCCCCUCCCUCCAAGAUGGCUUCAGCCAGGUUCACUUCAGGGUUGACCGUAACAUCUUCAGCGGAGUGUACACUGUUGGUGGUGGUCUCCUUGUAAGGGCUUCGUGUGGUCCGUGGGUCUUGUGAUGGGGAGGUCACGUUAGGUGAGGGUCUUGUGAUGUGAUGGGUCGUGUCAGGUGAGGGUAGAAGGAGCUUCUUCCUUGGGUGAGCAUGGAAGGAUCAUGUAUGUGAUGGGCCUCCUUGAGUCCCUGGCCCAGUCGGACCUCAUAGCAAGAUCCCGCCUUUAUUGGCCAUUCUUGAUUUAUUAUUUAUUGAUUUGAUUUGAUAUUGGGGUUGCCUGGCUCUAGAGAUGAUCCCCUGACCCAUCACAAGACCCUCACAUAACGUGACCCUUACCUGAUGUGACCUCCCCAUCACUAGAUCUACUGACCACAUGAGGCCCUUAUAAGCAGGAGAAAACCAACACUGACAUCCCCUGAACUCCGCUGAAGGCAUCACCUAGCCCGGUAAUAAAACGUUUGGAAACCAGCCCAGCAGCCCAAAGGAGGAACCUCCACUCUCAACUUUCCCCCUCUUUUCUUAAUUUGCUGCUAUCCCCCUUCCCUCCCCCCUGGAAGGCUUUUCCAAAAUUCCUAGGAUUCUGUCUAACAAAGGCAGUUUUAGAAAGCCCUAAGGGAGACCCCAGGCAUUGACAUCUGUGAUGUUGGGUUUCUUUUUGCUGCUUUCUUCAAAGAUCGGAAAAUGCUAAUCGUUUAAUUUCAAGUUUAAGUUUAAUUCUUUUUAAAAAAUGUUUAUACUGUGGACAUUAUGACAGAGAGAAAUCCUGUGUGAUUUUUCUGCAUUUGGAAAAUAAAUUCUUGAUUUCUUAAAAA